ACAGAGAGACCUGAGUUUGUUCUGCCGCCUCCCUCUUCUGCCUGAUUGCACAGUGUGUUUGUGUAAGAGAUGUGUACAUCAGCGGAAGAAAUAGUUUUGAGCAAGAAGAAGAAACUUAACUUUGCUUUAGAAAAAAAUCUUUAGGUGAACUUUUACUCGGUGGUAGUAAAGCUGCCUUUUUGCAGAUUUCUUCAUCUUCAAAGGGUGUUUGGACAUUUUUGGAGAGUCUUCUUCAUCCUGGGCGAUCGCCAUGCCUUCGUACACGGUGACAAUUGCCACAGGGAACCAGUGGUUCGCAGGGACGGAUGACUACAUCUACAUUACACUGGUGGGCACAGAGCAAUGCAGCGAGAGAACGCUGCUGGACAAGCCUCUGUACAACGACUUUGAGAGGGGGGCGGUGGACUCGUAUAGUGUGAGGGUUGAGGAGAACCUGGGCGACAUCGUGUUGGUGAAGAUCGAGAAGAGGAAAUACUGGAUGCAGGAUGACUGGUACUGCAGGUACAUCACAGUCAAGACCCCCUCUGGAGACUACGUGGAGUUCCCCUGCUUCCGCUGGCUGGUGGAUGACAAGGAAGUGGUGCUGCGGGAUGGACGAGCUCACAUCCCUCAGGAUGAUAAGACCGGCCUGGUCAAGCAGCACCGACAAAAGGAGCUGGAAACGAGGAAAAAAACUUACAGGUGGAAGGAGUGGCAGCCGGGCUUUCCUAUGAGCAUAGAUGCGAACAGACACAAGGACUUGCCCCGAGACAUCCAGUUUGACAGUGAGAAAGGAGUGGACUUCAUCUUGAACUACAGUAAAGCAAUAGAGAACUUAUUCGUGAACCAGUUCAUGCACAUGUUCCAGUCCUCCUGGAAUGACUUUGCUGACUUUGAGAGAAUCUUUGUGAGAAUCAAAAACACAAUCUCAGAGUAUGUGAUGCAACACUGGAAAGAGGACUUCAUGUUUGGAUACCAGUUUCUAAAUGGCUGCAACCCUGUCAUGAUCCAAAAGUGCACCAAACUUCCUGACAAGUUUCCUGUCACUCAUGAGAUGGUUUCUGUCAGUCUGGAGAGGGAGCUGACCCUGGAGCAGGAAAUAGAGGCAGGUAACGUCUACAUAGUGGACUACAAGGUGUUAGAGGGCAUCAGUCCGAACUGCACCGACCCCUGCACGCUGCAGUACCUGGCAGCUCCAAUCUGUCUGCUGUACAACAAUACCCACAACAAGAUCCUGCCCAUAGCCAUUCAGCUUGGCCAGACUCCAGGUGAAGACAGCCCGAUCUUCCUGCCCACUGACGGUGAGUAUGACUGGCUGCUGGCAAAGAUCUGGGUCCGCUCGGCCGACUUCCAGCACCACCAGACCAUCACACACCUGCUCAGGACACAUCUGAUCACAGAGAUGUUUGCUGUCGCCAUGUACAGGCAGCUUCCUGCUGUUCACCCUGUGUAUAAGCUUCUCAUCCCACACGUUCGCUUUACCAUCGCGAUCAACACCAAGGCCCGAGAGCAGCUCAUCUGUGAGUGUGGCAUCUUUGACAAGGCCAAUGCAACAGGUGGAGGUGGUCACAUCCAGCUGGUCCAGAAGUGCACCAAGUCUCUGACCUUCAGGUCUCUGUGCUUCCCUGAUAUGAUCAAGAUCCGCGGUAUGGACAGCAAAGAGGACCUGCCAACCUACUUCUACAGGGAUGACGGCUACCAGGUGUGGGAGGCUACAAAGAGCUUUGUGUCUGACGUGGUGUGUAUUUACUACACCAGCGAUGAGACGGUCCAGGGAGACGAAGAAAUUCAGGCCUUCGUGAAAGACGUGUGCAGCUUCGGUAUGCAGGACUUCGAUCAAUGUGAAUUUCCCAAGUCUGUGAAAACGCGUGAGGAACUGAUAGAGUACCUGACGGUCAUCGUGUUCACUGCUUCAUCCCAGCAUGCAGCUGUCAACUUUGGACAGUAUGACUGGUGCUCCUGGAUCCCCAACGCUCCCUCCACCAUGCGGAAGCCGCCGCCCAAACAGAAAGGUUUGGCAGACGUGAACUUGAUCAUGGAGAGCCUCCCUGAUUGUGGACGCUCCAGCUGGCACCUGGGGGCUGUCUGGGCUCUCAGCCAGUACCAGGAGAACGAGCUCUACCUGGGCAUGUAUCCUGAUGAGCACUUUAUAGAGAAGCCAGUGAAGGAGGCCAUGGGGAAGUUCAGGAAGCAGCUCGCAGAGAUAACCAGCUCCAUCAAGAAGAGGAACGAAGGAAAGAAGCUUCCCUACUACAACAUGUCCCCCAACAAAAUCCCAAACAGUGUCGCUGUGUGAGGAAUGAAUCUUACUUCUACAAUGGAAAUGAUCGUGCCAGUAGUUUCGCCAAAAAAAAAAAAAAAAAAAAAACUCUUCUAAUGUCCCAAAUAUGCUGUUAGAAAAUUAUUUGGCACCUAAAUGUGUGAUUGUGUAAUUUCGACAGAAGCCUUUUUUUAAAUUUUGUGUAUAUUUUUGUUGCUUUUGUGUGCUCCAACAACAGGGUCCUCCCUCAUUCAGGUAACUAAGAGCUGUUACUUAAGGAUACUGAGGAAGCUUUCAGAUCUUUUAUUGAAGAAAAAGUAAUAAAAUCACACGCUAACAAUGCUCUGCUAGAGGCAAAAUUGAAUUAAAAAAUAAGUGAAAGCAUGUAAGUUUAAUCUGGAAUUGGACUUUAGUAUAAAAAGUAAACGUACUCAGUACAGAAAUAUGUUUCAAAUGUCUAAUUACACUGAUGUAUUCAUGUAAAAGCAGGAUUUUAUUGCUGUAGCUGCUUGAUGUGGAGCUCAUUUGGAGAAUUUUAUAUGUUCUUUUCAUUAUGAAUUAAUCUGCUGAUUAUUUUCACCAUUAUUUGACUAAUUGUUUGGAUUACUCAGAGCCCAAAGUGACACAUUCAGUGUUUUUUUGUUCAACCAACAGUCCAAACCUCCAAAUUCUUAGAAAUAUUAAAAUAGUUAAAAAGCAAAAGCAGUAAAUUUGUCAAGCUCAAACCAUGAAAUGUUUUUAUAUGACAAAAGAUUUAAAUGAUUAAUAGAAUAUUUGAAAAUUAAUUUCCUCUCAGUCAGCUAAAGGAACAAUUGUUUCAGCUGUUUUUGUAGAAAAUGAAUUAGACUUUAAUUAAAAAAAAAAAAAAAAUAAAAUCCCGCCCUGUUUCAGAAGCUCUUUAUAAGUUUCAUGUGCAGAAAUCUGAGUAAGUAAAGCUGUCAGAUAAAUGCAGUGAAGUAAAAAGUACAAUAUUUCCCUCUGGGAUGUGGUGAGUAGAAUUAAACUCUAAGUACCUUUAAAAAAGUACAGUACUUGAGUAAAUGUACUACACCAUAGUGGACAAUCUUGAGGAUCAGCAAGUGGUAAACUGAUUGUUUUUGCAUAAUAAAUAGAACUCUGAUUAUGGAAAAAGUUUUUUUGUGGCUUUUGGUGCAACAAGCAGCCAUUCAUUUAUAGAUAAAUAGUUUUUGCUACUUAUGUAGGUGAAAAUGUAUUAAAAUGUUACCUGGCCUGUCAUUUCUACCUGAUCCUUUAUUAAAAAAAAUAAAAGUUCUAUAUUUGACAAUACUGCUGCAGCUUUUUCAAGUCUCUUGCGGCUGUGACAGUCACAAAUAAAUCCUGUUUUCUGAACAUUUAAAAUCAGAAUGCAAGAUUCAGUCGAGAUGCACUGAGAAAAAGACAAACAAUAUUAAAAGUAACUUAAUUUUUAUUUGGUUGUUCUUUUUAAUUCUACAUAUUUUGUUCAAACAUGGGAAAUGAACUGAAAACACAUCAAUAUUUCAUUUAAAAACAUAAGUACUUUUACCAAAUUCUUUACAAUUACUAUUUCAAAGUAAAUUCACAGACAAACUUGUGGAAUGAUAUCAUUAGACAGGGGAACAGUCGUAUACGUUCAAGUCCAGUCAGUAGUAAACAAAUGUAGCUUUUAUGCAAGUUACACUAUUCCCAGACAUGAUAAAAGAAAUGUAGGUGACAGUGUAAAGACAGAUGGAAAAAUCUGGAGUUAAGCAUAAAAUACUGAGGCUGAGAAAGCAACUAUCUCAGUCGAUGUUCCACUCAGCAGGUUUAUGAACUGAAGGAAGAAUGAAAAAGCUGCGCUCAGAGAGGAAGCGUCCUAAAGUGGCCUCAAUCUUCAUCAGAACUAUAUCAUAACUUCUGCGUCAGACUUCAUAAAAGGAGCCAGCUCCUAUGAGUAGAAACAAACAAAAAAAAACCAAAAAACAAACAAACAAAAAAAAAAAAUCUGAAAAUCCAUUUAGUCUUCUAUCUCAUGGGAAAAUGUUUGCAUUUUCCAAUUUCUUUUCAUGUGAAAAAUAGGUUCAAAUUUGAUGCUGUGCUUAAUUAAGAAUAUUCUGUGUGUUUAAAACAAAUUUAGCGAGCAAUUUAAGAAGUUAGAAGGUAGAACAGAUAUUUACGUCAAGGUCGAGUAAUCAAAGUUUCCACAAUUCUAAUAUCUAAAUGACAAACUAAGAGCAAAACAAAGAGUGGAAGUGAUUUUCUGGUACUUAUGCCUGGUAAAACAAAACUAAGUGUAAGUUGCAUAAAAUUACUAAUGAAAGGUUUUUUUUUUAAAUGAACAAAUUGUACUUUUUUCUGUUAAAAAUAAAUACAACACAAAAUAAAGAAAAUAAUUUUAUA